AUGGCUCGAAUCCCAUUGGAGUUUCUGUCCAUCACUCUCCCCGUGCUCCUCCUCGCCUACUGCCUGGCCAUAGAGUACGAAGUAUCUCUCCCAACCAUCGCCCACACCAGCCCCGCCAGCAACCCCGAAGAAUACCUUCAAUCGAUAUACGAGCAAUUGAACCUUGACCUCCCUUCCACCUGCACGGUGAACCACUUGUCCGCCUUCGACAACACACCCACCUCACUCCUCAACUUCUCCACCUCCCCCGUCGAACAUUUCGACGCCCCCAAGCUCCCUUCGGGCUUGAACGCCACCGCAGGGGAACAAUGGGCGUUCGACGGUACGUCCUCUUCCGGCCGCAGUGGCCUCCUGCUGGGUAUCUACCGUGACGCAUCGUACGCCUUCCUGGGGCCGGGGAACUUCCGCCUCUCGCUGGAUCUGGUGUGGGAUAAUAGUACCACCUGGUCCACCGUCGACUACCUCUCCUCGUCGACCGUGCACACGUGCACUGAUAAAGUGGUCGGCAUCUGGUCCCACUCUGCAGAUCACUAUUACGUCUUCACUGUGACCGCCGACGCCAAGCACGCGCGCAUUCACUUCCACACUCCGGACGUUGUUGGUGCCGUCGACCUGUACAGCACCACCCCCGCGCGCUACCCGGACGGCGCGCUCUUUCCGUCCGAGGUAUCGGUGACGCAGAACGCGCCCAUGCUGCACUGGGUCGAGCCCAUUCCCGGCGGAUUGAUCGAUGUUGAUCUCAAAGUGAAGGACACCCCUUUCCGGUGGACGGGACUCGGCGGCCACGAGCGCUGGUGGUCAGCGAAGGGCUGGCUGGAUCUCAUGACGCAUUGGGAGGCCGUACGGCUGAUGGCAGGGCCCUACGUGCUAAGCUUCUGGCAGCCCACCUCCCGCGUGAAUGGGGUGGCAUAUCCGUCCGCGUUCUUGACCAAGUACGGUGAGAAGGUGUUUUCGGCUGUAAGCGGCAAGGUAUCGGAGGUGGAGGAUUAUAUUCUAUAUAGUCCGGUGAGAAUGGAGAAGCAGGCAAGGGAGACGGGGUAUGAAGUUGAGUUGGUCUCUCCGGCCCAAGGGAGGAGGUGGGUGUUUGGGUUGGAGUAUCGCAACCAGGAGUUUGAGUUUGAGCUGGGCGACGCAGCCGGGGGGAGGGCAUAUGUGGGGAGAGCGAAGGGUGGGGAGGUUCAUGCAGACGAUAAGCCGGAAGAGCCAUCUGAGGGCGUGUUCUUCAUUGAACAUGUGGAUGUCAAGGCGUUGACUGUUCCAAGGGCUUAUGUGGUUGUUUGUGAGUGGUACUAUCGGGUGCAGGCGCAGGUGCUGAACUCGUGGAGGAAUGGGGGGCAGUAG